AUGUCUCAUACCCUCAUCCUCCUAACCAGCGCAACAGGCCUAAUCGGCUUCCGCAUACUAGUCCUCUGCCUGCAUCAUGCCCACCGAGUCCGCGUCGCCUUGCGCACCCUCACGUCCUCCAUAAAAUCCCUCUCCACAACCAAUUCCACCCUCACAACAACCCACCUCACUUUCACCGAUAUCGCCAAUCUAACCCCCCCCCCCCUCCGCCUCAAAUACCGCCCUACACGACACCCCGCAUCCAUCGGCCAGAACCUGGAAGCGCACUACAUCCACCCCACAAUCAAAACCUGUCUGGACCUUCUCUCCUCCGCACGCGCCCAAUGCAGCGUCAAACGCAUCAUCCUGACAUCCUCGCUCGCCGCCCUAAUCGACCGCGCAGAAGACACAGAGGACACGGUUCACGCGGCCACCACGCGCGCAGUCAAUGUCCAGGCCCCGGCGCUAAAGACGGUCGAGGACUGGGCGAGACGGGAGAAACCGGUGUUUGAUGUCGUGCAUCUUGCGCUCGGGCAUGUGUUCGGGGUGAAGGAGCUUGUUGAUGACCCGCGGGAGUUGCUGGUUGCUGGGUCGAAUCGGAUUAUACUUAGUACUAGUGGAUCUAGAUUUGAAUCCUCCCUUCAGACUCAGACGCAGACAGCGCCAGCGCCAGCGCCAGAACCAGGGGUUACAGUGCACCUAGACGACGUGGCGGAGGCGCACGUGCGCGCGCUGAACCCAUUCAUCCCGGGGAACAGACUGUACAUUCUGAGCUCAGGGGGGGAGGUUGAUGCGCAGGAGUCGGCGAAGACUCUGGGAAUGGAGUUUAGGGGGAUUGAGGAGCAGGUGAGGGAUGUGGUUGCUUAUUACCUUUCGUGUUUGGAGCGGAGGGGUGGGGAUUGCACUGUGGGGAUAGGUGGGUAG